AUGGCCGUCGUCGACGUCGUCCCGGUAGCCGCCCACCGCUCGGACGGCGGCGGUGCCACGCCUGCCGCCUUCCCGAUCCCCACCCUCGUCCCCGAGUGCGCCGCCAUCUGCAUCGCCGCAUCCGCGUACUACGUCUCCACGCUGCUGUCCUACUACGCCACGUUCGCCGUCUCCCUCGUCUGCUUCGCCCGCGCGGUCUGGCCAGACCGCAUCGACGCCGCGCUCGUCCGCGCCGACGCCUACGCGCGGCACACGGCGUCGCGCGCGCGCGCUGACCUGGAGGCCGUCCUGCGGCAUCUGAGGGACGCGGCGCCCUUGGCCGCGCCCGUGCACGCUGCGGCCGAAGAGUGCGCGCGCCUCGCCCGUGCCACCGUCGCCGCCUGGAGGAGGAAGUGGGACGAGCACAGGGACGCCGCGUGCGCCGCGAGGUUCGUGCUCCGCCUGGUCGCGCUCGUCGCCCGCCUGGCCGCGACCGUGCUGUUCGACGCGGCGUGCGAUGAGGCUAGGGCCUGGGCCCCGUCGGUGCUGGGAUACUUGAGACACGUGGCCGAUGGGAUCAGGCCACCGUCGGCGUCGUCGUGCAACAAGGGCGAGGACGAGGACGAGGCGGCCGCCGGCUUUGUGUUGAAGGACGUCGUGUGUCUCGUCGGGACCGGGUUCUACCUCCUGUUCAGCAUGCACCUGCUCUUCAGCUCCAGCGCCGCCAGUGGGAUGCAGUUCUGUGCCGUGUGCUUCGCGGCAACGUGCGGCUUGACGAUGGUGAUCGCUGACUGGAUCGACCCGCCGGACGACGAUGCCGACGAAACUGACACCACCAACACGGAGGGCGAUGCUGCCGGCGAGGCAAGCCGAGACGAGGAGCUCGAAGUGCGCGAGUCGUGGCGGUUCCUCUGGGUUCUUAUCCUCAUCACGCACUGCGUCGACGCGUUCCUCCUCCACGUCACGCUCGGCCCGCAGCCAACAACACUCGCGAUCUUGGCCCUCUGCAACUUGGAGGUACUCAAGGUCGGCAGGCAAGUCCAGCUGACGCCGGACGACGGGGAGGGAGCAGGAGCUGUCGACAAGUGGCGCCGCGGUGCCAUGGUGGUGUACGCGGCGUGCAGCGUCAAGGUCUUUGUCGUCUACCUCGUGCUCGACUGUUACCUGGCCGCGCUCGGCUUCUUCUGUCUUUUCGUCAUGGCGGACCUCCUGUUGGCUGAGGAGGACAACUCGUUGGACUUCGAUGUCUCGGGUGAAGAAGAUGACGAAGAUGGGGAGGAGAGUGCUGGCUUCGAAGGGGACAUCACCGGAGGCGACGAGGGAGAGGCUGAUGAGGAGACCAGGGAAGAGCAUUCCGACACGAGCUCUUCAGAAGAUGAAGAGGAAAGUUCUGCGCAUUGUGAUAGUUCAUCGUCAGAGAAUGAAGAAAGUUCUGUGCAUUGUGAUAGUUCAUCAGAGGAUGAAGAGGAAAGGCAUUGUGAGAGUUCAGAAGAUCAUGAGAUUGUUGGGGAGCAGCGACACGGAGGACCGGAUUACGGCAGCGGCGGCAGCACGGACGACAGCUGGGAUUUGGUAGACGUCGACGAUCCAGAGAUGCCGGCAAAAGCUAAAUGUGGCGCUGGCGCCAAUCGGAGGAAGUCCAGGCUUUUCCCAUGGAAGCACGCCGCGUGA